AUGUGUCUAUUUUUGAAUUCAAUAAUAAUUAGCUGCUUUUUUAUGCAUUUAAUUUCUAACAGUCAUAGUUAUUUUUAUGAUUAGCAUAUAAUUAUAAUUCUUUCUAUUAUUUCUCACUUAGGCUUAACUAACUUGAGUUUGCUUUAGAAUAGCCUUCUUUUGGUUUUUACAAUUAGAGUUACUAGUCUAAUAAUUUAAUAUUUAAUAAUAAUAUUAAAUGACAAACAUCCUUACAAGAUAGAUUGCAAGUAUAUUUUUUUAGACUUGACUUUAAAGAAUUUAGCCUUCUAUCCAUAAAAUUAUGGACCCUUUUUUAAAUUAGGAUAUUUUAAAUAUGGCUAUAUAAAUUAUAACGAAUUUGACGAAAUAGCAAAAACUCAUUCUUUUUAGAUUCUAUUUUUCUUAAGGGCAGUGGCCUAUUUAGAGAUGUUAGCCUUCCUAAUUUUAAAUAUCUUAUAGCAAUCAGAAAAGUAAGAAUAAGGGUUAAUUGCUAUUAAAAUAAUAACCUAUACUUCAUUUAUUUUUUAUUCAAUCAUCACAAUAAUUUACUUUAUUUAAUAAUUAAAAAAAAUAAUCAAUAAAAAAUUUGAAUACCUUACUAUUAAUUAUUCGACUCCAUCAGAGAUAUUAAGAUUAAUAAAUGAUAAAAACUCCAUAAACUUUUUAUAUAUUCAAAGAGUUAUUUAAGAAAACCAGUAAAUAUAAUAAAGAAUAAAUUAUUAGCCAUUAGAAAAUCAAGAAGUUAAAUACUAAAAUUUAAUAAAAUAACUGUUUUAAUUCAUUUACUAACAAUAACACAAAUUGAUAGAAUAAAGGAUAGAAAUUCCAAAUUUGUUUACUCUAAAAUAUAAUUGUGUUUACUUAAACUCUGAACAUUUUUUAUCUCAUUACUUAAAUCAUAUUAGAUAAUCAAAAAUUUCUUCAAAAAAAAAGAUAAUUCUGACAAAUUUAAAGAGAAAAUAAUUUAAUUACUAGUUAAAUUAAGCACUCCUCGAUAGGGUUUUUAAUUUGGGUUUAGAUUCUAAUUUCUUUAGGUUUGGAACAGAGACAACAAGUUCAUAAUUUAUAAUGUAUUAAUAUAUAUCUCAGUUAUCGCAACUAAUAGCGUUUAGAAAAUAUAUUUAACCUAAUAUGGUUAUGAAUCCUGCAUAAUUGACUUACGACUUAUUUGAGUGA